GACUAUCUGCCGAAUCUCGCCUCAGUGAUUGUGCGUCUAAAGGGUGAAGCUUUACAAAACACGGGUCUGGGAAAUGAUGAGGAUGCGGAGAGCGGGUCACUUGGUUCUCGGCAUAGCGACGUGGAGAGCAUUGAGAAUAUGGAAGACUGCUUCUCUCUUGAGUGCCUUGGUGUGAUAGCAAACCUGCAAGUGGAGGGGAUGGACUUCGCUCGCCUUCUUGGUGACCUCGGCCUCCUUCCCUGGGCGGAGGAGGUUUUGGCGGCGAUGGAGCAGAGUCAACACAACGACGAUCUCUUAUUGGAGACCAUUCGAAUGAUUGCAACAGCCUGUAUCGACGUGGAAGCUGCUAAGAUGGUAGUACAAAGUGGGAGUCAAGUGAUUCCGAGGCUGAUUAAGCUCAUGAAGUCCAGACAGGAGGACGAUGAGGUAGUAUUUCAAAUUAUCUGCGUUUUCUACCGGAUCCUUAGCCAUGAGGAAACUAGGCAGUGCUUCAUCAGCAAUACCGCUAGCGUGGUUAAGUGUAAGCUUUCUUCGCUUUUCUGUUGCGUGGAUGUGAAUAGUGGAUACGCAAGAGCGAAGGUCAUGGCCGCCUUCAUUGCAUCAGUAGAGGCUGCAACUGGUGACGCCUCCAAGGUGGAGUCAGACUGUGACGAGAAGUGGGCAGAGGCCAUAAGCGCGGAGCGUUUCAGAUGGCGCAACUGUCAGUGGCUUCAAAUGGUAGAGGAGGCGGAGGCGAGGCACAAUGAGAGCGAUGAGGGAGGAGAGGAGAAGGAUGUGGUGGAGGAGAGAGGAGGAGAGGAGGACUUCUUACGCAGUCACGGCUUUCUGCUGGCCUCAAACCUCCUGGAGGAUGCUGCCGAUUGGUUCUCAGUACCACCACCACCACCUUCACCCCUCAACCGUGUGGUCUUUAAUUCCAGUUCCAAGCUCAGUGCUAAUGAUAUGGCUGCACUCAAUGGAGAUGAAGAUGGGGACGCUGCUUUUGAAGCUGCUAAGGCAUCCGUUCAAACAUGA